AUGGCUUCUGCGCAUGCGCAUGCCUGCCGGACACAGGUGCAAUCAGGUUGUCAUCUUGCAUGGUGCUAUGAGAGGUGUAAGAAAGCAGAGCACGGCGAUACCUUAGGCGAGCUACAGGGCAUAGCUGCAAGCUUCGGCGUGAAGUUGGUCUUGCAGAAGAAGUCCACAGGCUUUCUCAAGUGGCUGGGGACUGCAAAGGAGAACGUCUUUCUCUUGGCAGACUGGCGUGAAGCAAAGCCCAUCGUGGAAGGUCUCGGAGGACUUGAGCGCCUGACGGGGCAGCAGCAACUUCGGAUGUGCAUUCUGGCCCAGUCAGACAACAGCUUUCAGCGUGCUUCAGAGUGGACCAUGCGUGUGCGGCAGUCUCAUGGCAUAGACAUUCUCGUGCUGGAUGGCUUCUCGCGCGCAGGUGUGAAAGACUUCAUCGCACGCAGUUUUGAUGAGACCAGUUCCUGUGCAUCCCAGGAAGGGGAUACAGACACGGAUUCGACACGAGCAUGUUCCGAAGACCUCAUGAAUGACGAGGCAUUCGACGAAUAUCUUGACGACUAUGCCUUCCGUCUCUCCCUGCCCGGUCUCGUGAGAGCGGUGCAGGACCCGCAGCAGGCUGCCCGACUCGAGCAGAUGAUCAAGCACACCAUGUGGCAGCUCUACGAGGACUGA